AUGUCACAAUCUCUCCUCGACCAGCUGCUCGAAAUGGGCUUUGACAAGCAGCGUGCUGAACUGGCUGUCAAGAGGUCCGAUGGCCUGCCGGAUGCGAUGGAUUGGCUAGAAAAGAAUCAGGACACGGAUAUCGAGGAACUACUAGCGGAGGAAGAAGCAGGUCCCAGCGUUGCCAAGGUCGAGGGAGGUAGCGUCGCCAUGUCGCUCGUUUGCAACGAGUGUGACAAAAAGUUCCGGUCUCAACGAGAAGCUGAAUUCCACGCAAACAAGUCAGGCCACUCCGAUUUCUCAGAGUCAACUGAGGAAAUCGCACCCUUGACCGAGGAGGAGAAGCAGCAAAGGCUCAUCCAGCUCCGGGAAAAGGUUAAGGCAAAGAGAGCCAACCAAGCCAUUGUGGAUAAGGAGGAGCAGAAGCGGAAUGAACAAAUUCGUCAGAAGGCUACAAAAGAGUCACAAGAUCUUAAGGAAGAGCUGCAACGCAAGGAGCAGAUCAAGGAAGCAGCCAAGAAGCGGCAGGAGAAGAUUGACGAGAUGGAGGCUAAGAAGCGCAUCAAGGCCAAGAUUGAGGCCGACAAAGAGGAGCGACGGCGCAAGGCCGAGGAGGCAAAGGCAGCCAGAGAGGGAAAGGCUCCUCCUGCUGCCGCUCCGGCUCCGGCUCCGGCUCCUGCCGCAACGGCUUCUCGUCCUGCUGCAAAUCAUAAUGAGGCCCGCUUACGACUACAAACUCCUAGUGGAAAUAUCAUGAGGACUUUACCGGCCGAAACAACGCUCUUCGAGGUGGCGCAAAUGGUAGAGGCCGAGAAUGGAUCAGCAGUCACUAAAUUCAUCCAGAACUUCCCCCGAAAGGUCUUUGAAGGAAAUCUGGAUUUUGGAAAAACACUCAAGGAGGCAGGUCUCGUGCCUAGCGCUGCGCUUGUUGUACAAUAG